AACAAUUGGAAUCAAACAGAGAACCAAUUAUUUAAAAAAAACGAUGGCCAAUAGCAGAGGUUCGCUUCUGUUAAUGUUAGUGUCAUCAUUAGGAAUUGUGGCAACAGUUUCAGCAGAUUACGGCGACGCUUUGUCAAAGUGCAUUUUGUUCUUCGAAGGCCAGAGAUCUGGAUAUCUGCCUCGUGGCCAAAGGAUGACCUGGAGAAAGAAUUCUGGCCUUAAAGAUGGCUCUGAUAUUGGCAUGGAUUUAACUGGUGGAUAUUAUGACGCGGGUGACAAUGUGAAGUUCACUUUUCCAAUGGCAUUCACAGUGACAAAUCUAGCUUGGAGCGUGAUUGAGUUCGGGCAAUUUAUGGGCUCAGAGAAGCAAAAUGCACUACAAGCCAUUCUUUUUGGCACAGAUUUCCUGUUAAAAGCCACAGACGUCUCCGAAAGAAUCGUCGCCCAAGUUGGUGACGGCUUUUCUGACCACAACUGCUGGGAAAGGCCUGAGGACAUGGACACUCUUCGAACAAGUUAUGUGGUUAACGCCUCAGUCCCUGGCUCGGAUCUAGCAGCGGAGAUUGCAGCUGCACUUGCAUCAGCCUCCAUGGCCUUUCAAUCCGCAGAUGCAAAGUAUUCUAAGACUCUUCUCGAAAGAGCUAUUGAGGUCUUUGACUUCGCGGAUAAAUAUCGAAAAUCUUAUAACGGAGCUAUGAAGAGAGGAGACAGCUGCCCAUUCUACUGUAGUCUCAACGGCUACAUGGAUGAGUUAGUCUGGGGAGCUGCAUGGCUGUAUAGAGCUACAAAAUCUCAGAAAUACUGGGAUUUCGUUCAAAAGAAUAUAAAUGACAUCCUAUAUUUAGGACCAUCGUAUGGAUGGGAUGCAAAGCAAGGAGGAGUUUACGUACUUUUCUCCCAGUUUGUAAUGAAUAAUGCCGGUUCCAAUCCUUUUGUUACUCAAGCCGACAACCUUGUCUGCUCUUUGUUGCCUAAUUCACCUACCCAAUACCUUAAAUACACUCCAGGUGGGCUUUUAACGCAGACUGGACAAAACUUGCAAUUGUCGGCAGCUUCAUCGCUUCUUAUUCUCAUCUAUGCUCAGUAUUUGAAAAGUUUUAAUCGACAAGUUCAUUGUGGUAAUGUCGUUGCGGAUGCAUCUAAACUCAUCCAAAUUGCCAAAGGCCAGGCGGAUUAUAUACUCGGUAAGAACCCACUAGGCAUGUCAUAUAUGGUCGGAUAUGGCAAUAAGUUUCCUCAGAGGAUUCAUCAUCGGGCCUCAUCCUUGCCUUCGAUUAAGGAUCACCCACAACAGAUCAAAUGUAAAGAAGGAACGCCGUGGUACCAAAGUAAGAAACCCAACCCGAAUUUGCUCACUGGAGCUUUACCAGGAGGACCAAUCAAUAGUGAUAACUUUUCGGAUGACCGUGGCAAUGCUCCUGAGUCAGAACCAACCACAUAUUUGAAUGCUUUUUUUGUUGGCGUCUUGGCUUAUUUCAAGGGCAAUCCUAAUUAGCUGUAACAUGAUAUUGAAGAUUUAUACAGUAAAAAAAGAAAGGAAUAUGAAUAAUGUAACUUAAUGAAAAGUUUGACAAACA